AUGUGGUCGAACGAGAAGGGAUUGAGUGUCGGGUCUCGUGUCCACCACGAGGGGUCUCCGUUUGGGCAGCAGCUUCACCAGCCGCCCCCUCCGCCCCAGCACCUUCUCCCCCCCCACACAGACAGAGACCGAGACAGACCCCCCAGCAGAAGCAAUAAGCCCAGUAGACCCCCCUCCAACAAAGGAGCCAGUAACAGCAGUGGUAGUAGUAGUAGUAGUGGUGGUAGCAGUGGUGGGAGUAAUACUAAUAGUAGUAGCCUUCCUAUUGAUUCCUCCCCUCGCGCCUCUUCUCGCCUCCCCCAGCCUGCUCCUCCCCUGCCUCCCCCUCACAUAGACAGCACCAUGGACCUACAGAGGGCAGUCUCUAGAAUAGUACCGUUAUCUUCCUCCUCUUGUUCCUCUUCCUCUUCCCAGACGAUACCUCACUCAUUCUAUGUGAGCAGCAUGGCUCCAGAGCACCCAUCCCCUGCCUGGCCCAGCCCCCACAAACCCAGACCCAGAGAUGGGGUGUCGGAUCACAGGGCUGGAGGAUGUGAGAAGAGACCCAGUCAGUGCCCUUCUAAACCAUCCUCUGAGCGGCCAGCCCCACUGAACCAGCCCCCGACUACCAAAGACCCAGCAGACCCAAAGCCUCUCGACCUCUCUGGAAGAUUGUUGGAGUUAGGCCUGCCUCCUAACAGCUUCCCUGUGAAGAUGGAGGCUCUGGGGUCCCCGGGGCCUCGGUACGGACCUCCCCCUAGCCGGGAGCUCCUGAAAGAGACCCUCUCUCUCUCACCCCCCUCCCUACCCUCCCACUCCCACUCAGUGGUCAGCAGCACUUCCUCUAAAGCCCCAGAGAGGCCGGAGAUGAUCAGCACUUUGCACUCCUCCUGGGUGGUGCCCACCCUUACACCCACCUACACCAUUGGGUCUACCCACGCACACCCCCACCCCCCAGCCAUGUCCCCAUCCCCCAGGCCCAGCCCAGACACCCAAGGGAAAGGCUCCUCUCCAUCUGUCAUCAAACACAAGGCUCUGGAGAGAGUCCUGCCCCAGCCCCAGCAACGCAGUCCAUCCUGCCCCAGGGUAGGAGAGACAAAUACUACCCCAAUACCUUCCAAUCUCAAUCCUCCCUCCACAAUACCCUUGUCCCCCAAACCCAAUAAUGAUUGGCCCAAACACAGCCCCAGCCAAUCAGAAAGUUCCCCCAUGGCCGGCCAUCUUAGGAACUCCACAGAGAAGCUCCCCAAAGCCCCCAAGAGGGCUGAGACAUCCCAGGAGGUGUCUCCAUAUAAUAAACGUCAGUGUCUAGAGAAUGCCAAUGGGCACCCACCCAGCCACCUCUACCUGCCCCAGAGCGAGGCCUACCUACCUCACAGCAUGGUGUACGCCAACCGAUACCUGCACUACUCUGUACCCGACGGCAUGGCCCUCCACUCUCUCCCUCUGCCAGGGAAGGGCCCUGCCUACCCUCCCCCCAUCCUGCUUGGCAGUAACAGCCUUUACCCUUCCCACCUGGCAGCCAAACACCCCUUACCAUACCACAGCCACGCUGGGGAGUACCUCACGUACAACUCCCAGGAGAUGGCCCACCCUCUGAUGCACACACACACAGACUCUAAAGCCCUGGAGCGGGCAGAUCAGGGGCCCAAGUCCCGUGGCCAGGGCCAGGACAAACCUAGGGGACUCAAAGAGGAUUUUGGUGUAUCCCACAGGGGCCGGAGUGAUGUGGAGACAGGGGAGGGGUCCCAUGUGAAGCGCAAUAAAGAUGCAGGGGAGUGGGGAGGGAGCCAGCCCAGACCCCUCUCCUCCUCCAGCACCAGUAUCCCUUCCAAAGAUAGAAUCGUCUGCAUUGACCUCGUCCACUCCGACACAGAUGGAGAGUCCACGCCGGCCGCCAACCAGCCGCCACUCCCUGUCAUCGUUCCCAUCACCAGGGGCAACCAACACCAGUGUGGCCAUGGCGACCAAAGCAUGAGGGAAGUGGAGCGGGAGCCAGAACACCAACUGCAUCAUCAUCAUCUUCAUCACCACCCCAGCCCAAGCUCCACCCUGAGAACUACCCACACAGACAGACAACCAGAGACCCCCUGUAUGAGACCCAGGCCCCUCCAGGAGACAGGCUGUCCGGGUGUGGCCUCUAGCCCACCUCAGGGCUCCCCAGGACUGGUUACUCGGGCCGAGGAGAGCCGUGAGGACCAGAUCCCUUCCUCAGACCCAAGGGACCAGAGGGAGCAGGUCAAAAGCACCCUGCGCUGUGCCCGCACAUCUGGGGACCGCAAGACGAGAGACCGGACUCUUGGAGAUUGUGACCGCACCGCAGUAGACCGUACAACUGGUGAUAGUGGCCGCAUGCCUGGCGACCGCACGUUUAGAGAUCGCACAUCACCUUGCGACCGCACGUCUGGAGAGGAGAGAGAAGAGAUGGACAGACGAACCUCCUUCCACCCCAUCUAUCGCUACAUGGACCUGGGGAAGGAAAGAGAAAGAGAAGGAGAGAGCGUUGAAGACACAGAGGAGUCACAUGGAGAGGGGGAUGAGGACGAGGAGGGUGGACGAAGAGGUUCACGGAGGACCAGUCUGACCAAGAGGAUCGCUAACUCUUCAGGCUACGUCGGCGACCGCAUCAAAUGUGUCACAACCGAGCUGUAUGCAGACUCUAGCAAGCUGAGUCGGGAACAGCGCUCCCUGCAGAUGGAAGUCAUAUCACGAGAGGGGAGUAAUAUAAGUCGCCCUGCAGCUAACUGGGAGGUCAGUUCUUUACAUUUCUCUAUCUCACUCUACCCCUCACACACACUUUCUCUCCCCUUCUACCCUCUUUCUUGUUUCCACUCUCUUUCUCUCCGCUGCGAUGCGUGUGUGCUGUGGGGCAGUGAGCAACCUACGGCUCCUGCUACUAAUGAGGAUGAUGAUGAUGAAGAGGUGAGGAAGCUGAAGGUGUGUAUCGAGCUGAAGGGGCUCCGCCUCCGCAAGCCCACCUCUUCCUCCCCUGAGAGGCCAGAGGUCAAAGAGGAGAGGACAUGGUCAUCACAUCACAGCCCCUCCUUCCUGCCCCGGACCCGACCCCCGACACCAACCUGGAGCCCAGCCCAUGCCCCGCCCCCUCGGGAUAGGAAGUUCAAGGUUGAUCCGGAAGUGAAACCUCUGUCACAGAAGCCAGAGAUCACAAAAAGCUGGGCCAGAGAGAUGCUGGCUAAUGGAGAUGCUAAACGAGUUGGACUGCUCCCUUCAACCCAGCAGAGGGACAGAUCUGCCCCCCAGGGGCCCCUCAUGGGGCAAGGAUGUGACUGGGGAUCCAAGGAACCCAGGAGAGGAGGGCUGGGGGUGAAGACUGAGGGUCAGUGUCCCCCCCCCUCGGCCCCUGAGCCCCCCACCGAAGACACAGCCUCUCUCAAGCCCCGUCGUCAUAGCGACACAGACAAACCCAAGGGCAAGCGACCGUGCAAGACCAAACACAUCAGCCAGAGAGAGAGGGAGCGGAGGAGAGAGCUGCUGAACGGCGGCAGCAACCAGCAUGGAAGCACURAUCUGGGAGCAGCUUUGGAGGACAAGGUGAGUGUGGUGGAGUCAUUGGGGUUUCAGUGUUAACAGGUCUGUUGUCAGAUUUAACAGGCUGGAAUGGGCCUUGGAGAGACAGUGAGAUAAAUUACAGAGACAGUGGAUCGAGGCCGCAAGAGGAGGGUCGUUCCACCUCAAA